AUUAAUGAUCAGAGUUCCCAUCACCGACUCCAUACCGAGCGAGCACUUUGAUACAGUCAAGGGUCUGAUUUACACAACUGUUCAGGCUGCCAUAAGUGACACAGUUGUUGCAGGGUUCGAUUCUCUUCCAUUGUUUAAUGCAGUCUCUGUUGGAUACCUUGCACACGAAGAUUGCCCCGACGCAGCUGCAGGUUUUAAACUCAAGAUUGCUAUUGAUUCAUGCACACUUGACAAUACAGUUAUCCCAACUCUUAAAACCAGAUUGAUCAGUUCAUUAUGUAAAGGAUGCCGUCUCUCAUUAGAGUUAGAAUCAUGCGUCGAUGGCGCCACUGAGGUCGUUAUUGACGUCACCGUGAUGGCAUUUGAACAAAAGAAGGCGAACGAUGUAUCAAUCAGUAUGCAGCAAGAUCUCCGUGAUAAUUACUUUACAAUCAUGUCGGCAUUCUCUCUUGACCUGAUCUUCAUAUCCCCCUUCGGAGUAAGUCCCACCGAGAAGGUGAUCACGGUUUACCUUAAAAGCACAGAAAGCUGUCUGGGAGAGGCUCAACUUACGGCAUUCCAGUUGGCUCUGCGAACUGCUGUAAGCACCGCUUUGCCCUACAGUGAUGUUAUUGACAAGUGUGCUGGAUUCUGCAACAUUAUGAGCGUUUCUCUUGGUGAAUGUUCAGCCGCUGGUGAUGGCAGCAUGAUCCAAUUAGAUUUGACUAUUCAUGGAAACGUCGCAAAUGAGAUUGCAAUCUUAGAAACAUACUUCUUAGAGACAGUCUUCUCCACUAUUGUGCUUCCCGAUUUGUACAGCGCAUUCACCUUGAGCCUCACUGCUGAUGAAGUAACCGAUACAGUGGGCCAAGCGUGUACGGCCAAAUUUGUGGUAGAUGGUGCGGUAGGAUUUACGGCAUGUCAAGCACUUAGCGAAUCCGUAAUUACAACAGGUGUACAAACGGCACUUUCCACAAUUUGUACUGGCUGCAGUUUAACCAUUGAAAUCAAUAUUUCCUGUGCCGUUUCUUCAAGUUCCGCAACUUUGAGUGUUACGCCUGCUGGAGGGACUAUCGUCGGUGGCUGUGAUGCUGCAAUAGGGGCUGUAACGUCACUUUUCACAGGUUUAGACAUCGAAGUGUCACCUCCAUAAAUACAGGAUAUUGGAUUUACAAUGAUCUGAAUCGGGAAGGAACAGGGUUAGGAUGACAAAAUGUAUCAUAAAAUCUGCUAUAAUGCUAUAUGUUAGCUGGGACAUUUUACAAUUAAAUUUUGAUUAGAAACAGGCUUUAUUUUGAACAAUCAGUAGUAAACGUUCACAUUCACAAUUUUUUAGUGUACGCAUUUACUUUGUUUCAGGGAUUAUAGUCUCCCAUCUAUGUAGCCUCUGGUGGACCUUACUGACACCAAGCAUACAUGUAGGCCCAAAUUAUGAACAUUUAUAUUUCUCAUGCCCAAUAUUUCAAAAAGAACAGCAAAAUAUAAACUUUAUAGGA